GUUGAGAUGAACCGCUGGCGGAAGUCUGUGGGGGAGAUCCAGGCCAGGCGGAGGCCAGUGGUGGAGUGCGAGCGCGGGCAAGCCGCCCUCAGCAAGGUGACCGCCUGCUACCAGCAGUUGGCCACCUUCCUCGGGGGCAGCUCCGACUGCAGCCGUCUGCGGGAGGAGCUGGAGGAGACCCGCACGGUGGCUUACACCAUCUCCAGAGGGCUCCAGAGGAAGCUGACAGCCCUGCUGACAGAGGGGGAGCUGGCACAGGAUGAGCGGGAGGGGCUGGAGCGGCUGUGGGUUCUGCUCAUCUCGGGGCUGGAGAGGUUCCAGCAGGACCUGUGCAGGGCCGCCUCCCUGCAGGACCUCUUUCCGCUGAAGGCGAAGCGGGACCGCCGGGCCCUGGUGAACACGGGGACCGCGGGCGGGGGCUCGGGCGUGGCCGCCAGGGCCGCCUCGGUGCAGCCCCCCUGGAUUCGGGCGGGAGAGGACCCCAGCCCGGACCUGCGGGGCCACGUGCUGCAGCUGGAUGCCAUGGCCCAGGAGAUGCUGCAGAAGGUCAACGUGCCCUUCUGGACGGUGGAGUCCACACAGGAGGCCUGGGCGGAGGAGGGCGACACGGAGCCGGACGGGGAGGAGGAGGAGGAGGCCGGAGGGCAGGCGCUGGAGGUGGAGGUGGUGCCCACGGAGCAGGACAAAGGGCACGGAUGCUGCCGGAACCAUCGCUGCCGGCUGGGCUGGGUGCUCUGUCUGCUCAACUGA